AUGGAGUUCCCGCCAAAAGUGUUAUACCCACGGCGAUUCCAGACUUCUCCGGCGCAAUACACGGCGGAGGAAAGUGCCGGAGCAGAAGUAUCGCCUAAUCUCCGAGAUAAGCUCGCGACGCUCGUCGAUCGCAACAGGAAAGUGAAAAUGGCGUACCAUCAACUCCAAUCGCAGAUUACAUUCGGUCUCGUCGAAGCAGGGGAAGUUUUCGAUUCUUUGGCGAUUCCAUUGAUGAAGCUUGUUGGGCUGAAAACGUCGGAGAUGGAGAACGAAGGGAGACACUCCACAUUUAUCUUCAAUACUGAAAGAUAUCAUAUGGAUACUACCAAAAAUGGAGCUCGGUCUGAUGAUCUGAACAAUCGAAUUCGCAGUUCAAAGGAAGAAAGCUAUGCAGCUAAAGCAGAAUCAGCCGGACAAGAGAUCUUGCACAAGCAUAAGGGGCAAUUGAGACAGCUUGUCCAUAUGCUUAGGCACAUUGAAACACAAGUGAAUUCACAUCAGGAUGACAUUCUGGAGAUGAUUGACCAUCGCAGAACUUUCUUCCAAGAAUUCAUACAGAAAGCUCUUUAUCACCUAAGCUCAAUUCAUAGCCAAAACCAUGACACUUUCCCUGUCACAGUGAAGCUCCUCCGCAUCAUAUUUGAUAACAUCAAUGAGGUUCUUGGUUCAGUAGAUAGUGGUGUCAAUGACCUUAUGCAGGCUUUGGCAAAGAAUAUGUGUAGCCCGAUGACCAAGUACGUAGGCAACCUCGCAGCUGAAAUAAAACUUGGCCCUUGUGUGCAACUGAUGAAUAUACUGAAGGAAAUGGAGAAAGCAAGCACAGAUACAAGGAGAGAGCUGCAUGAUGCUAGAGAAAGGAUUAGACUUGCAGAAGAGACAAAGAUCGACGCUUUAUCAAGGCUGAAAAAAUCUGAAGAUCAAGUUCAGAGAAUGACAAGAACUUGCAGGUUUCUUCCACCUGUGAGUCAGAAGAAGCAAGCAGAACAUUCUAUUACCGGCAAGCGUCUAGGCAUAGAGGGAAACCGAGAAAACGAAGAGAAACUGCUUUGGGAUCUACUGAGCAAAAGAAGAAAGCAACAAGAACCAGAGAGUCCAAUGGGACCUAAAGAACUGAUCAGACAAGUAGACACAAAGCACAAGUUAUUGGUGUACAAUCGACGAAUGACUAGGAGCCAAACAAAGUUCAAUUCUCAAAUGACGCGUCCUGAUGCUUUGAUCCCACUUGGUUUAUCACCUUCUGUUAGAACAGUAACCAGGAGUUAA